AGUGGCGAACCAGCUAACCGGCAGCUCCCGCCAAACUCAUCACAGCAUCAACGUCAAUCACAUUGUUGAUACGUCUAGUCGCCUCUUUGUCUCUUUCCUACGAUACUAGCCGUAACUCUUUGGUUUGAACAUCGAUUGUUGUCACCAUGGGUGGCGUAGGAGCGACAACGACCCUUCCACAGACCCUUAGGCCUAUGUCCAAGCGAGCACAGGAGGUUGCAGAGGCCAUGCGACUGGAGGCAAUUCGUGCGACGCGCGCCCGUAAACAAGCAGUGGCCCUCGAACAGCAACAAAAGUCAACUUCUGCUAAACAGGGCUCACGAAAAGCCCCUAUCGACCUCACAGGGAAUGAUGGCAACCAGAAACCAACCAACUCGAAGCGCAAAGCGACUUCGCAGCCCUCCUCGUCGUCGUCAUCAAAGUCAACAGCAAAGUCAGCACCAUCUCACAAGGGCCCAUUAGAUCCUCCCCCCACGAAGAAGCGGAAGAAGGAUGAGGAGAAGCGGCCGGGUAGAUUCCGGCCUCAGCCUCCUCAGUCAUUCUACGACAUUUAUGAUCGUGCGAUCGCCCAGCGCUUCUUUGUCUUGUCGCGGGCCCGUACGGGCAGCGAGGAGUAUCCCGCCGAGAUGGUCGAGCUGACAGGUUCGACUGGCAAUAUCUACACUGUCAUCAUUGAUAAUCGACCAACAUGUACCUGUCCACACGCAAGCAAGGGCAAACAGUGUAAACACAUCUUGUUUGUCAUGAAGAAGGUACUCAACGCACCCUUCAACCUCGUCUACCAGCUGGGACUCUUGAACUCUGAGCUGCACGCCAUCCUUGCUGGGGCUCCGCCAAUCGAGGACCCCGAGGUCGAGCAGGAGCAGCAGUCAGACAAGCGCAAGCCAAUCGAUGGAGACUGCCCGAUCUGCUUCUCGGAGCUGGAGGAGAAGGGCGAGGCCAUCGUGUGGUGUCGAGCAGCGUGCGGCCAGAACAUCCACAAGCAGUGCUUCGACACAUGGGCACGCACAAAGGGGGGCAGCGGCAAGGUCACAUGUCCCAUGUGUCGGUCCCAGUGGGAAGGCCCUGACGUUCGAGGUCUCAACAAGAUCAGGCGGGACAAGGGCAUCGAGAGCGAGGGCUAUAUCAACGUCGCAGAUCAGCUGGGGAUCAGUCGAGAACGGGACAACAGUUCGUAUUCCGAGUGGCUCGGUCGCCCUCGCUAUGGUGGUGGUGGAUGGAGUCGGGGAGGUCGAGAUCGCAACGGGCGUUGGUAGUUGUUUUGCGUGGGGGGAGUGAAGGGAUGCUCGACUUGACUGACCCGAAGCAUGCUCAUCGAUUUGAGCAGAUAGUCCGCCGCACCAUGGACGGGCCGCCCAGAAGACGUCGGCUCCGUGAAUUCUGUACACCGAAUGUAAACGCGACGAGGCUUGCAUGCACGAGAUGA